AUGUUCGGCUCAAAUGCAAGAACAAGAGAUGACAAUCUCCCAGUCCCCAGGACUCUCGGCCCAUUUCGAGAUUGUACUUCCAACCAAGCUAUCGCAUUCGCCGAGCUCUCGAAGCCAAAGCAUGCUGGCUUGAUCGAGGACUCUCUCAAGGAAGCAUUGAAGCUUGCCUCUCGCUUCCGAGACAUUGAUUAUAUUGAAUUAGCCGUUGACAUAGCGAUGGUUAAGCUGGCUCUAAAGAUCCUCCCUCAUAUCCAUGGACAUGUCCACAUUCAGACAAACCCCAACUAUUCAUACUCGACUGAGAAGACAAUUGCAAACGCUUUUAGGAUUGUCCAGAUCUUCAAAUAUCUGGAUCUCGGCAUUGAGACCACCCGCCGAGUCUGCAUCAAGAUACCGAGUACGUGGGAAGGCCUGAUGGCAUGCCGAACCCUCGAAAUGGCGGGAGUUCGCACGCUGGCCACAACGCUCUUCACGUUUGAGCAAGCCGCUCUCGCUGCGGAGGUUGGCUGCACGUAUAUUGCGCCAUACGUCAACCAGCUCAAAGUCCAUUUCGAGCCGGGAUUCGUGGACCCGCAGAAACUGCUGCCUCUCUGCGUCUCGGUUCAGGCAUACUACGAAGCUAUAGGUGCUAGAACAGCGGUGCUCCCAGCCAGUCUGACGUCUACCGACGAGAUAUUUGCCCUAGCCGGGGCUCACCACAUCACUAUAUCUCCCGGUCUGUUGCGACAGCUUUCGACGCCCGUCUCUGGCCCAGUGACCGCAUCUCUGUUCGACUCUGAGCUGCCAUAUUUAGAGCCCAAGUUAAUCUCUUAUGUGAAUGAUGAAGCUGGGUAUCGGGGAGCGUUCGGUCGUGCAGAUAAUGGAGCUGGAGUGACGAAGCUCACACAGGCCAUCAUAAUAUUCAAUUCCAUGCAGGAAAAGCUGAUUGAACUUUUCACGGCACAGCAAGAAAUGUUGUUUCGAAAAUGA